AUGGCCUCCCGUGUCCUUGUCUCUGGUCUUCCCCGGUCCCUCCCUCCCCUUCCUCCGGGGCCUGGCCCUACCUGCGUCCCCUGUGUCGAGGGGCGGCAGCGGGCUACCCCUCACUCCUCCCUGUUUCCUCCGACAGAGGCCCCACUGCAGACGCUUCACAUGGACGUGUGGGGCCCAGUACGCGUCCGUGGACAGGGUCACGAGAGCUACUUCCUGCUGGUGGUUGACGACUACUCGCGUUACACCACAGUCUUCCCCUUGCGCAGCAAGGGUGAUGUCACUGAGACCUUCACGCUUCCGGACUCUCCACAGCAAAAUGGGAUUGCUGAGCGCCGCAUUGGCAUGGUCAUGGACGUCGCCCGUACGUCCAUGAUGCAUGCGGCUGCCCCCCAUUUUCUGUGGCCGUUUGCGGUUCGGUACGCGGCGCAUCAGAUCAACCUUCAGCGCAGGGUCUCCAUGCCGGAGACCUCCCCCGCUUUGCUGUGGUCGGGGAAGGUUGGCGAUGCGUCUGCGUUCCGUGUCUGGGGAUCUCGGGCGUUUGUCCGCGACUUGUCUGCGGACAAGCUGUCCCCUCGUGCUGCUCCUUGCGUCUUCCUGGGUUUCCCCCCUGACGCCCCAGGGUGGCACUUCUACCACCCCACAUCUCGCCGUGUUCUGUCCUCCCAGGACGUCACGUUCAACGAGUCGGUCCCCUACUACCGCCUCUUCCCCUACCGCACUCCGUACCUCCCCCCGCCACCGCUCUUCCUUGUACCAGGUCCCCCCUCGGUAGACCCUCUCCCCCCUCAUGGUCUUGCCCGUUCAGGUGUGUCCCAAGUAGACGCUGUUCAGCCUGUCGAGCCUGAGGGUACUACGACUGGGGGUGCUGAGCCUGGGGGUGCUGAGUCUGGGGGUGCUGAGCCUGGGGGUGCUACGCCUGGGGGUGCUGAGCCUUGGGGUGCUGAGCCUGGGGGUGCUACGCCUGGAGGUGCUGAGCCUGGGGGUGUGGAGCUUGGGGGAGCUGGGCCUGGCGGUUCUCCGGGUGCUUCUUCUCGCCGGGAGCCACUCUCUCCACAGGAGCUGCGUGAGUGGUUUUCUUGGCGCUGGAGGCGAGCUGCUGGAGCUGGAGGUGCUGCGGGUACUGGAGGUUCUGUUGCUGCUGAAGGAGCUGGUGCCACGGGUCCCGUAGGUGCUCGUCCUGGGAGUACUGGAGCUGCUGGACCUGCGGGUACUUCUGGAGCUGGAGCUGCUGCGGGUGUUGGCGCGGAGGCUACUGCUGUCGGUCCUGGAGGCGGUCCUGCUGGGGGUACUACUGGUGCUGCUGGGGGUACUGGAGUUGGAGCUGCUACUGGUGCUGGUGCUGCCACUGGUGGUGCUGGUGCUGUCCCUGCUGUGUCUGGAGUCGCCGCGCGGCCUCAGCCGUACUUCGUUCCGCUCCUUCAACAGGUUCUUGGUCUCCCGUCUUCUACUGGUCCUCCUCCUCCCUUAGAGUGUCCACAGCCUGUCCCGUUGCAGUUACAGUUACAGCCGGCCUCCCCACUGCUUGCUCCGUCUCCCUACACUGGUCCUACUGGAGGUCUUGCUGAGCGUCAUGAGCAUGCGUCUCGCCCUGCAUCGCCUGUCCGUGCUGCUCGCACUAGUGGUCGCGGUUCGCGUCAGCGUCCUCCUCUUAUCCCUGGCACGCACCGGAUGUCUCUGCGUCCGUCCACUGCUCCUCUGCGUGCCCCUUUGCCUUCUCCUCCUGAGUCUUCUCUUCCUGCUCUUGCCGACCCGGAGUCGGACUCUCUUCGUGCUGCCAGUCCUACUGUCACGCGUGUCCUUGCUACUGUUGUCACUGACCCUUCCUUUGAGUCCACUGCUGCGUCUGCCCUAGUUGCUGAGCUCGUCGACUUUGCUACUCGCUGUCGCCUAGACUACGCCGCCAGUCUUGUUGCUCAGUCUGACUCUGUCUGUUCUCCGUCCGUCGGGGGUGAGUGUGCCCUUGGCACGGACGUCCUUGAGGACAGGCAGGAGGAGUUCCAGUGCUUGGCCGCUGCUUCACCUCAUCUCGUGUCCGUACUGCUUACCCUUGAGGGUGACCCGGAUGCACUUGACAUCCCGACUCCGCGCUCUUACGCAGAGGCGAUAGAGGGUCCCUACUCCUCUCAGUGGCAGGCAGCUAUGGACGCAGAGAUGGCUUCCUGGAAGUCCACAGGCACCUACGUUGACGCUGUUCCCCCUCCUGGGGCGAACAUCGUCAGUGGCAUGUGGAUUUUCAGGGUGAAGCGACCGCCGGGUUCUCCGCCUGUCUUCAAGGCGCGUUACGUGGCUCGUGGCUUCAGUCAGCGGCAGGGAGUUGACUACUUUCAGACCUUCUCUCCCACCCCGAAGAUGACCACUCUUUGGGUACUGCUGCACAUAGCUGCUCACCGUGACUACGAGCUACACUCUCUUGACUUCAGCACUGCUUUCUUGCAGGGCAGCCUGCACGAGGAGAUCUGGCUGCGUCGCCCACCUGGUUUCACUGGGUCUUUUCCUCCUGGCACCCAGUGGAGCCUCCGGCGGCCAGUCUACGGUCUCCGCCAGGCACCGCGUGAGUGGCACGACACACUGAGGACUACACUUGCGGCUCUUGGGUUUGCUCCUUCUACUGCCGACCCACCGCUGUUUCUGCGCACCAACACUUCUUUGCCGCCGUUCUACAUCCUCGUGUACGUCGACGACUUGGUCUUUGCCACAGCUGACACUGCUGGACUCGCCCACGUGAAGUCCGAGCUGCAGAAGAGACACACGUGCACUGACCUGGGUGAACUGCGCAGCUACCUUGGCUUGCAGAUCACUCAGGACAGAGCACGCCGCACCAUUACCCUGACUCAGUCACACAUGGUGCAGCAGGUCCUUCAGCGCUUCCGCUUCACGUACUCCUCGCCUCAGGCCACUCCUCUGCCUACUCGCCACUCGCUCUCAGCUCUGCCUUCGGAUGAGUCCGUAGAGUCGAACGCUUCUUGGGCUGACAACCAGGCUACGCAGCGGUCGUCACAGGGUUACACCUUCAGCCUUGGUUCCGGCUCUGUUUCGUGGCGGGCUACUCGCUCGUCUUCUGUUCUCGGCUCCAGUUGUGAGGCUGAGAUCUACGCAGGAGCCAUGGCUGCACAGGAGCUUCGCUGGCUCACCUACCUGCUGACUGGCCUCGGAGAGCCGCCUCGUUCUCCUCCAGUGCUGUACGUAGACAACAAGGCCAUGCUGGCCUUGUGUCAGGAGCAGCGACUAGAGCACAGAACGAAGCACAUUGCUCUCCGCUACUUUCUUGCUCGUGAGCUGCAGCAGCGUGGUCAGCUGCGUCUUGCGUACGUGGCCUCUGGGGCCAACACUGCUGAUAUCUUCACCAAGGCGCUUGCGCCUUUUGACCUUCAGCGCUUCUGUACUCAGCUGGGCCUUGUGCCUACCUUGCCUCACUUGCUCACCUCUUGA